CAAAACACCGCUAAUGCGCCUAUGAGCCUCAAGAGGAAGAAGAAGAAGAAGGAAGCGGUAGUUACAAACUGAAAUGUUCGGACUUUUCGACAAAAACAAGCCAGUGAAAAUUAGAAGUUGCACUGAAAGCAAAAAGUACGGAGUUGGAGCAAAAAAUGUGAAGGAGUUGUUGAAAAAGGGCUGCAAGUUAUUACAGCUGCCGCUCUCUGGUGCUCGUGUUUGUUUGUACGAGGAUGGAACAAUCGUGACGGAAGAGUUCUUCCAGACUCUGUCAGUCAACACCGAACUAGUUCUUCUGUCUAAAGGGCAGACAUGGAGUGGAGUUGUGUGUGACAUCAGUCAGUUACUGAACACAGACAAACAUGCUGAUGGCAUCAUUGAAGCAGCGAAGGGACUACUUUCUGAUGAGAAGUCUUCUAAAAGGCGUAAAAUACUGACUGACCUUCUACAGAACCUGGAGGACAGGUCUGAUCUGGAGAAGAGAGACGAGGAUGAGGACUGGUUCAGAGGUACAGAUACCCGAUUCAAAACCAAGUCGGCCUACAUGAAGUAUAACUGUGAGAACAGGAUACGAGGCUACUUGAAGGAGGUGGACGGUGCUACCAAAACUAUAGAGAAAGCUAAAGUCAGGGCAGAGUUUUUGAAAACAUCACAGUACCUGUCAGAAAUGCUGAAAACAGCCAGGUACAACGGCAGCUACUUCGACAGGACCGUGAAUGAGAAAGAUCGCCUCUGUACUCGAGAAGGAUGGUUCACAUGCCAGGGAUCAUUUGACCAGAAGCUGUGCCAGUCCCUCCACUCCAUCAACCCCUACAGCAGCCGAGAGAGCAGGAUCGUCUUCAGCACUUGGAACCUGGACCACAGGAUUGAGAAAAAGAGGACGAUCAUUCCCGCGCUGACGGAAGCUCUACAGAAUCACAAGAGCACCGACGUCAACUUGAACUACUUCUACCGGCUGCUGUUCACCAGAGACAACCUGAAGCUCGUCCACAUCGUCUGCCACAAGAAAGAUGCUCACAACCUGACGUGUGACACCAAGAAGAUUUUUCUGAAGGCCAGUGAUGCAGAUAAAACAAAGAAGUCCAAAGUGAAGAGAAGUCGCUUAGUCUGAACAUUUAAUCGUUUUUAUGAAAAUAUUUAUAUAAGCUGCAAAAUUCCAAGAUCAAUUAGAAAGAUCACAUCAGGGAGACCAAUUUUUUAACCUCACUUUAUUUUUAUUUUUUUAACCAUCAUCAUGAUUCUUUUUCAAACCAGGAUUUUUUUUAAAGUUUUGUUAAAUGCUAAAAAAAUGAUUGUCUAGACUUGAAUGAAACCAUGAAAAACGUUUAUUUGUUCUUUACGUUGGCACAGUGAUGUAAAAUACAUGCAUCGAUUACAAAGGCUGCUUUAUGAAUGAGGCAUUCACUCUGAAGAGUAUGAAAAGCUUUUAGCAUAAAUAAGGCAGAAAAAAAUAUAUAAAUGGUCAGAACAAUCAGGUAUAUACAAAAUGAUCACAACAAGUGCUGUUAACCGUAAGGUUAGAGGAUUAGAUGACACGUGAAAAGUCAGGUUGAAUCUAGCCUCGACUUAUUUCCACAGUGUGGACUUUAUAAAAUACUUUUUAAUGUAUAGUGGUAAAUUUAUAUUCAACACAAAUCUGAUCAGGGAAAAUGAGUAGCUGCAUUUUUAUGUAUCGAUACAGACAUGUGUUAUGUUAUAAAAAAGCUGCCCUAAAACUGAACACACACCGAGAUGUGUUGAGGACGGAUGUUAGACACUUGGUGAUAAAUGACUUUUAUGCAAAAAACAUGACAUUCAUCUGGAACAGUGACUCUGUGGCAUUAAACUCUCUCAUUACAGACCUGC